UAGCAACCAGUGUACUGCCUGCCGUAGGAUUUGCACACGAAACGUCUAAAAACGAAGGCUGUUUUCGCUUUAAUACGCACUUUCCUCGCACAGUAUCUCGCACUGUGAAAUUCUGUAGCAUAAGCUUUAAGAAAACGUUUAGAGUUUUAUUAUUUUCUGGCUUGCUAAUGGAAUAAAUGUGGUGAAUGUUCUGUCAAUUUUGAGAAAUAUCCGACAUCGACUGUGAAAUGGCGACGACACGUAUUUCUGCAAGACUUCCACCGAAUAUCGAUCCAACGAAAGCACCACUCGCAUACGGGGAUAGGGCACUACCGAAGUUGAACCGAGAGCUGAAUGACAAAGAGCUCAUCACCAGGCAGAGGGCUUUGAUGACCUUGUGUGAUUACCUGCACGAUCCCGAACACAUUGCAGAAGCACUUAGAGUGGGGUGUGCUGAGAGUCUAAAAGCCUUGCUGACAGAUCCUGAUGGCACCGUUCGGCAUAAGGCCACAGAAGUACUGUACAUCAUUGCAGGGCACAACAUUGGCCGGGAUGCCUUCCUUCAUUUCUCCAUCAUCAUCCCCCUAUCCCGGCUCUUCAACGACGAGCUGGCCAUCGUCCGACGCAAUGCCCACAUGGCCCUGGAGAUGCUGUGCCACUUCACCCCGGGGGCCGAAGGGGUAGUGGAGGCCAGUCUCAUCCCCACCCUGGUGGACAAGCUUAAGGUGGAGCUGGACGAGAUUAAGGAGUACAUUUUGGACACGCUCCAUUUCUGCCUGGUGUUGGAGCAAAUUCAGGCGCUCAUUGCUGGAGCCAUGGAAGUCUUCACUGAUCUCUUGAACCACGAGUCUCCCGUCAUCAGAGCCAAAGCGGCCAGGGACAUCAUGGAUUUGAGCGUUCCUCUUGAUGGCAAGAACAAGGCAUGUGAGGUGAACACCCUACCACCACUGGUCACUCUGCUGGGCGAUGCCAGUCCCGAGGUCCGAGCCAAGGCAGCAGGAGCCAUUAUGACAAUAACGAUCACGACACAAGGCAAGUACAAGGCCAUCCAGGCCAUGGCUAUCCCGAAGCUAGUCAACUUGGUCAACGAUAAGACCAGUGAGGUACGCCUCAAUGCCAUCAAAGCGAUCACUACACUCUCUGAGGCCCCAGAAGGACGUCAAGCCUUGCUGGAAAAUGUGUCCACGAUUGAGAAGCGGCUGGAAGAUGAAUCGCCAGCCGUGGUCAAAGCUGCUGAGAUAGCUGUCAAGGUCAUCACAUGGAAACCCUAAGGCAUUGAGCAGGAGCAAAUACUGUACACUGUUAUUUAUUCUACAAAUAUCCAAUUUACCGUGGUGGCCUGCAUAAGUACAGAGUAUGGGCAGGAACUGAAGUGUAUCUUCAACAGCACAUUAACCCAUAUGUAAUCGGACUUUAUCCAAUACCAGCCUCAUUCCAAAUGGAAAAAUGUUAAUCCGCUAUCCUGGUUUACAGUCCUUCACGUCAUGCCAACUACAGACACGUUUCUUCAAGUGCUAAAUUCUCUCCAAUCCCCUGUUUCUUCAGCCUCGUAUAUGGCACAUAUAUGUCAACAGUGUCAUGAUCUUUUAGCACAUACAGUAAUCUGUAUUCCGCAGAUCGACCCAUAGAUACUUGCUCUGCAUACUAUUAUGUUCCAGCCUCGUAACCUUGCUGUUGUCAAAAUCCGCACAGCUGCAUACCAGGAAAAAGGAGACUUGCUCAAUCAAAAACAGGAAGCAAAUGCACUAUUAAAUUUAAAAACUUUGGUUAUAGAUGUGGUUGAAAAUCAUGCUAAACAAUCGAUGUAUUGCAUAUUUUGUCAUUUCCUCUCACCAACCUCCGUAUUAUUGCUCAGCUGUAAUCAUGCUCAUUUCUACAAUGAAGUUGACUUUCUAUGCUUGGUUCGGCAUUUGAUGGAGCAAGUCCCAACUCCGUGGGCAAAAUCACAUUUCAACUUGCAGAGAAAUGCUAAAGUUGCAAUGCUAGUCAGUUGGGCAGCUUUUAAGAAAAUGAAUUCUGCACGAUUUUUCUUCAAAAUUAUACCAAAAGAAAAGCCUUAUUUCUGUCCUAUUUAUUUUGUAAUCAUAUGCUGUGUAUUUUUGUACAUCCAAACAGUUCUCUUUUGAGUGUAUUUUUUGUCCGUUAACUUUUCCUUUCCCAAGACAAAUCAUGUUCAAUGUGAAUAAUUUAUUGGUUUGUCCAAGUGCUUAAAAUGCGGCAGGUAGUUCUAAUUUGACAUUUGUAAAUAAAAUCGUAAACAAACAGAAGUGAACCUGAAACUGUAAAUAACCUCUGUGGACUGCUACAAUUUCAGAAGAUGAACAAACCCUCUUUGAAAUAAACAAAUGACAUUUUCUAAAAAUGAAAA